AAUCUGCCUUUUGUUAUAAAGUGUGCCAGUUCCCUGUGCGAAGAAACAAAAAAUACCACAAAACUACCAUCUUCAAGCACUUUUGCCCGGGUUUUCCAUUUCCAUGAUCGAAUGAUGGUUUGGUUGUUGCUUAUGUAACGCGACGGUCAAGCUCCCGCAACCUUUGACGCUUUGAUGCUCAUACGACCAUCGAAGCCUUUACCAGAGCUCCAGACAUUCACCACCGCUAAGAGCACCAGUCGAUUGUUUGACAGGCUUGGUUUGCAAUGCAUAUGACAGCUCUCAACGCACCUUUGCGCACCGCUGCGCUGGGGACCCGGAUCUCCUCCGGCCCUCUUGCGCCAUUUGCGUAUUCCACCAGUUCGUUCCAGCAGUCUUGCCGCAGCAUCUCGACGAAGCAGCGAAGACAACCAGCAGGCACGGUUUCAAAAUGUCAAAACAACCUUCCUUUCCAGAGUCCCAUACAGGCAAACGUCCUGAAGUCAUCGCGGUCCCAGCAUGUUCAGAGCAUCGCUAAGAUCGCUAUCCAGCGGUCCUGCAUCCGUUUCAACUCCACCACCUCGACUGCCUCUGCAAAGACGUCUUCAUACAACCAAGACGCUCCUCUCGACUGGAAUACAUUCUUCAAGCUUCGGACUUCCCGGAGACGAUACUCGCUUGGUUCUUCGAUCGUUGCCUCCAUAGCCAGUACCGCCAUUGGCGUUCAGAUUCUCUCAUCCCAAGACCUAGAAAACCUGGGAGCACAAGUGAUGGGCCUUGACCCGUUCGUUGUGCUGGGACUGGCCACGGCUGCUUGCGGUGCUGUUGGUUGGCUGGCAGGUCCUUUCCUCGGAAAUGCUGUCUGGGGACUUGUCCACCGACGAUACAAGUCUGGAGUUGCGGUGAAAGAAAAGGAAUUUUACAACAGAAUCAAGCGUCACCGCGUGGACCCCUCUUCCAACUCCCUCGCCAACCCUGUCCCAGAUUACUAUGGUGAGAAGAUUGGCAGCGUCCAGGGCUACCGCCAGUGGCUCAAGGACCAGAGAGCCUACAACCGAAAGAAGAACAGAUUCAUCCUGUGAGGUAUCAUGAUGUCAUCUGAUACGAUCUUCUUUGUUUAAUAGCGUUGAGACUUAGGACUGUAGAGGCAAAAAACCGCCCUGGUGUAAUAUCAUAGUUUUCACAUAGCAUUGAAAUGAUUUCUUUUGUGUCCUCAUGUGGUUUUUUCUGGUAAUACGUGCGGGAUCCAUAUGAUUAGCAUCCUUUUUGCCGUAAAAGCUCGAGAUAUCUGUCCGAUAACAGUACCUUUCGUGACUGAAGACCGCACUUCAAUAUGUCGAAUAUUGAAUGGCAUGGAAGCAAGGUCUGACCUGAACGACUUGAAUCGCUUGCUUGCUUUUAGUUCUAAGGGGGGUUUGAACCCAUAUUUAUCUCUGUAGGUAUACAAAGAAUCUAGUAAUCAAGUAAUCUAGGACGUUCUAUCCCAUAAUCAGCAUUCAAAGAACCUGCCGCGAACGGAUGAUUGGCAGAUCACUU